CGUCAUGUCACGUCAAGCACUAGCUUAAGUAAAAACAACAUGGCGGACAGUGUCAAUCCGGGAACGUCGUGAUCGUAACGUGAAAUAAUGAAUUUUGUUGUUUUAGAAUAUGGGUGAAUAUGUGCAAUAAUUUAUUAAACAUUUGUGUGCGAAGUGUUGUGUUUUAAUUGUAUUUGUGUAAUUUGAGUGUGAUAAUGGCCACGGAUAAGAUUAAAGUAGCCGUUCGGGUUCGUCCUUUUAACAGGCGAGAACUCGAACUGGGUACACAAUGUGUGGUGGAAAUGGAGAGUCAGCAGACCGUAUUGCAGUACCCGCAAUCGGCACACGACAAAGAAAGAAAACAACCAAAGACUUUUGCGUUCGACCAUUGUUUCUACUCCCUGGACCCCGCCCUGCCUCACUUUGCCUCUCAGAAGACAGUAUUCGAAUGUCUCGGCAGGGAUAUUCUCGACAAUGCAUUCGACGGGUACAACGCUUGUAUCUUCGCGUAUGGACAAACAGGUUCAGGGAAGUCUUACACGAUGAUGGGCUCCCCGGGGGCUGACGAGGGAGGCAUCAUACCUCGGCUAUGCGACGCUUUGUUCGAGAGGAUCAAAGUGCAACAAUCACCACCGGCACUCACUUACAAGGUGGAAGUGUCGUACAUGGAAAUAUACAACGAACGCGUGCACGACCUGCUGGACCCCGAGACGACGCGGCGGUCGCUGCGCGUGCGCGAGCAUGCCGUGCUCGGUCCAUACGUGGACGGGCUCUCGCAACUCGCCGUCACAUCAUUCCAGGACAUCGACAACUUAAUGACUGAAGGCAACAAAUCCCGUACUGUCGCAGCUACGAAUAUGAACAGCGAAUCGUCUCGGUCGCACGCCGUCUUCAGCGUCGUUCUAACGCAGACGUUAACGGACGCUGCUACAGGCGUCAGCGGCGAAAAAGUAGCGCGACUGUCGCUGGUCGACUUGGCGGGUUCUGAACGAGCCGUGAAAACCGGCGCUGUUGGCGACAGAUUGAAAGAAGGAUCAAAUAUUAACAAAUCGCUGACAACACUCGGUCUCGUCAUAUCAAAACUGGCAGACCAGUCGUCUGGCAAACCGAACAAGGACAAAUUCGUACCCUACAGAGACUCUGUACUCACGUGGCUGCUCAAAGACAACCUCGGAGGGAACAGUAAAACUGUCAUGGUGGCAACAAUAUCUCCGGCCGCGGACAACUACGAAGAAACUCUAUCGACGCUCCGCUACGCCGACCGCGCGAAACGCAUCGUGAACCACGCUGUCGUCAACGAGGAUCCCAACGCCCGAAUCAUCCGCGAGCUGCGCCAGGAGGUGGAGACCCUCAAGGAGAUGCUCAAAUAUGCCACGGUAAGUGGCACGGGGUCACCGGUGGGUGAAGAAGUUCACGAAAAACUCGCGCAAAGUGAACACCUCAUGAAAGAAAUGUCGCGCACUUGGGAAGAAAAACUAGUCGAAACUGGUCGUGUACAGAGCGAGAGGCAACAUGCUUUAGAGAAAAUGGGUAUCAGCGUCCAAGCCAGCGGUAUCAAAGUGGAGAAGAAUAAAUACUACCUCGUCAACCUCAAUGCCGAUCCCUCGCUUAACGAGCUACUGGUGUACUAUCUAAAGGAUCGUACUCUAGUAGGAGCGGCGAGUUCAGCAGACAUCCAGCUCUCCGGCCUCGGCAUCCAGCCGCAGCACUGCCAGCUGCUGGUGGAGGGCGGAGGCCUGCACAUGGAGCCGCUCGGCGCCGCGCGCUGCUUCGUCAACGGCACGCCCGUGGUCUCCCGCGUCCGCCUCGGACACGCUGACAGGAUACUGUGGGGCAACCAUCACUUCUUCAGGGUCAACUGCCCAAAGGCUGCCGAACAAGAUUCUGUUUAUUCCUCAGCGGCAGCGUCUGAGCCACAGACUCCUGCGCAGCCAAUCGACUACAAUUUCGCUCGCGACGAAAUCAUGUUGAACGAGCUCAGUAACGAUCCCAUACAGACCGCUAUAUCCAGGCUUGAGAAACAACACGAGGAAGAUAAACAAGUCGCAUUGGAAAAGCAGAGGCAGGAGUACGAGAGACAGUUCCAGCAGCUGAGAAAUAUACUGUCGCCGUCGACGCCCUACCCGCCUUAUUCCUACGACCCACUCAAACUUGGUAAAAUGACAGCGUGUACUCCAACCACAGCGGCCCGCGUAGAGCGCUGGGCGGCGGAACGCGACGACACGUUCAAACGGUCGCUCGGCAGACUGAAGGCCGAUAUCUUGCGGGCUAAUGCUCUCGUACAAGAAGCCAACUUCUUGGCUGAAGAGAUGAGACGGAACACCCGCUUCAGUGUCACGCUGCAGAUACCACCGCAGAACUUGAGUCCUAAUCGAAAGCGUGGAGCCUUCGUAUCGGAACCCGCGAUAAUGGUUAAGCGUCCCGGGCGCAGCGGCCAAGUGUGGUCUAUGGAGAAGCUCGACAACAAGCUGGUGGACAUGCGCGACAUGUACGACGACUGGCGCCGCCGCCAGCAGCGCGCCGACGACAACGAAGAAGAGGUACGGACUGCCAGCGAGACCGAACAAGUGGAAACAGCACUGGAUCCAUUCUACGAGUCGCAAGAGAACCACAAUCUGAUCGGUGUCGCGAACGUCUUCUUAGAAGCUUUGUUCCAUGAUGUGACCCUGGACUAUCACACGCCUAUUAUUAGUCAGCAAGGAGAGGUCGCUGGUAGGCUGCAGGUGGAAAUCAGUCGUGUAGCUGGCCAGUUUCCUCAAGAUCGAAUAUGCGAAGCAGCUUCAGAUAGCUCUGGAGAUAUGAGAGACGAUGAUGACCCCGCUGAUUCUGCUACGCAACAGGUGACAAUUCGCGUGGCCAUCAAACAAGCGACAGGCCUACCCCCGUCCCUGUCGCACUUCGUGUUCUGCCAGUACUCAGUGUUCGGCGGCGGCGGCGCGGGCGAGCCCGUGGUGGUCCCGCCCGUGGUGUCGGCCGACACGCCGCCCGCGCCCGCCGCCGCCGGCCCCGCCAGCAGCGCGCCCGCCGCGACCACUCCCGCGCCCGUCUCGCCCCGCCAUCAGAGCCUCGUCACCUUCCGCUUCGACCACAAGAAGGACUUCACUAUACCCUUGACGGAAGAGUUCAUUGAACAUUGUGCGGAGGGCGCCCUAUCAAUCGAGGUGUGGGGCCACCGUUCAGCUGGGUUCAGUCGUGCGCGCGGCAACUGGGAAGUGGAACAGCAGCAGUUGGCUAAAGCGCGCUCGCUCGCCGACCGCUGGACCGAGCUCACGCGCAAGAUCGAACUCUGGGUCGAGAUACACGAGCUCAAUGAUAACGGCGAAUACGCGCCAGUCGAGGUGGUCCAGCGUAACGACGUGUGGACGGGCGGCGUGUACCAGGUGCGGCAGGGCCAGCAGCGGCGCCUGGCCGUGCGCGUGCGGCCCGCACACAACUCGGGCACGCUGCCGCUCGUGUGCCAGCAGAUCGUCAGCGUCGAGGUCGGCUCCGUCAGCGUCAGAUCUCGCUUACAAAUGCCAUUAGACUCAUACCAGGACGAAGACUUAGCGGUGUUACGGGAAAGGUGGAGCGAUGCCCUGUUCCGCAGAAGACAGCAUUUACAUGCACAGUUACAGAAACUAGUAAACAUGUCGCCCUCAAUGAAGAGUGAGCGAGACAUGGAGCGGGAACAGUCGCUCGUCGAGCAGUGGGUGUCACUCACUGAGGAGAGGAACGCUGUUUUAGUUCCAAGCCCGGGCAGUCCUAUACCCGGCGCGCCCGCAGCCUGGGUGCCGCCGCUGGGGAUGGAACAGCACAUACCAGUACUGUUCUUAGACCUGAACGCGGACGACCUGACGACGCACCCGAGCGGCGAGGAGGUGAGCGUGGCGGGUCUGCACUCGAUCCUGCCGAAGGAGCACGGGAACAAGUUCUACGAGCUGCACAUCCUGCAGCAUCACGACAAGGACGUGGCCGCGCUCGCCUCCUGGGACUCCUCCAUACACGACUCGCAGUACCUCAACCGGAUCACUGAAGCUAACGAACGCGUGUACCUGAUUCUGAAGACGACAGUGCGUCUGUCGCACCCCGCCCCCAUGGAUCUCAUACUUAGGAAACGAUUAGGAUUAAACAUUUACAAGCGACAGAGUUUCACCGACAGGAUACGGAAGAAAAUUGUCAGUUAUUACGUGGACAGGACGGACCAGCUGACCCAGACGGGCGUGACUUACGAGGUGGUCUCCAACAUACCGAAGGCGUCUGAGGAGUUGGAGGAGAGGGAGAGCCUCGCGCAGAUCGCCGCCACGGGCGAGGAGGCGAGUGCUGCCGACGGAGAGACUUAUAUCGAAAAAUACACUCGCGGUGUAAGCGCCGUCGAAAGUAUACUGACUCUGGACCGACUACGUCAGAGCGUCGCCGUAAAGGAACUGGAACAGGCGCGCGGACAACCCAUCACCAUGCGCAAGACCGCCUCCGUGCCCAACUUCUCACAGAUAAUGCGGCUGGACUCGUCGUUCGAGUCGCUGUCGGGCCUGGGCUCGGGGCGGGCGGGCAGCAUGGCGGACCUGGCGGACGAGACCCCGCGCCGCGCGCCGCACCGACACUCGUACGCCGCGCCCGCGCACGCCGACCCCGACAUUGUCACACCCACUAAACCCUUCGGACUCGCCCGGCCAACGUUCCUAAACUUGAAUUUGAACCUCAACUCACUGAGACUGCAGACGCCCAACAAGUCGUCUCCUGCUAGUGGUAAACUGGGUCUCCGUAUGACGACGUUACAUGAGGAACCAGGCCGGCGCAACGACGAGGACUCACAUUCUGAACCUGAGUCUGCACCCGUUGAUGAACUCACUACGCCACGGUCACAUCGCACACGUAGCCGGGCGACCUCUCGCGGUUUCUUGCCGACAUCGAAGACGUUGGAUUCUCUGCACGAACUGGCGUGUGAGCGCGUGCCCAACAAGAACUCGCCCUCAAUAUCCUCAAGCGGUUAUGGUUCACAAGCAGUAUCCUCGACAAACCUAACGAACGACGACACUCUGUCAAUCCGAAGCAUGUCGGUAGACGAGACACCGGACUUCGACAAAACUAUGGAGUACACACACAUCAGUAGGACCAAGAACUCUAUGGCUGGCCUCCGAAACGAGAUCACUGAACUGAGGAACGAUAUCAACGACUUAAAGAACGAUAUCGUCGAGUCUAAACACGAGUUAGACGAUUCUUUAUUCGAGAAAGCGAAAACUCCAGUACUCACACCUGGCUCUCGGAAUCGCAUCAAUCCGUUUUUGAGGGAUUGUGAAGAAGCGGCCAAAGAGGAAGAGUCAAAGGCACCGCUCGUCGAUCCUUUGGGAGCUAUUCCCGUCGAGAGUGCUGUCCUAGCCAGCCAGAGCAAGAGUGUUGAGACCACACAAGUUAACGGUGACUCGACACACGAGCCGACAAAAUACGAAGGACUAAAUGAUUCGUCACAUGAUACAUCAUUUGGUGAGGCUGAAGUAGAAUCAGUAAGUUCAGAACAAUCAAGCCACGACACGGAACGGAGUCGUGAAGCAUCAUCAGUCGGAGAGAGCGAUUCAGCGUCAACGGGACCGGACCAGACUGUUGUGAAAACGCAACUGCCUGCGGGCAAGGUGGUCCGUCGCCGCGCGGGCGGCGCCCCCCGCUCGGGCGCGCGGCCGCGCUCGGCGGUGGAGCCGCUGGCGGGCGCGCGCCGCGCCUCCGCGGACUCCGCGCCCGCGCUGCACGACACGCCCGCCUCCUCCACCGAGCGCAUUGGCGACGAUGAUUCGUCGGAAUCGCCAAACCUGCAGCCGUGGAUGACGGUGGGUGAGAGCGUGCAACUGCGGCUGAGCAGCAGUACCGGUAUCAUCGCCUACGCCGGGCCCACGCACUUCGCCAGCGGCACUUGGAUCGGCAUUGAGCUCGAUGCGCCUACAGGCAAAAACGACGGCUCGGUGGGCGGCACGCGGUACUUCGAGUGUCGCGCGCGGCACGGUAUCUUCGUGCGGCCCGACAAGAUCGUGCACGACCGCCGCGGCCGCUCCGCGCGCGCCUUCCGCGACGCCGAGCUCAAGCGGGCGACCAGCAAGGGAGAAGGCCUACAUAAUUUGCACAGAUCGCGGAGUCGUGGCGACAGCAUAAACGCCGUCGGCACCAAGACUAGGAUUAGCAAAUAGACCACCGCCACUGACGGCGGCGUGCGUCGCUCGACGUACAUCGCUCGCUCCGCACCGACCACCUCCACACAGCUCAGAGUACGCGGACAUAGCCGGCAAUGUAUCGGACCGAAUUUAAAUUAACGUCCCACACUACUUGUAUCAUAGUAUCCGCAUUUUUUGUUGCAGUCAUGUAACUUAUAUGGUGCUUAUAUGUAUUGUAGAUGUUUAUUUACUACCUGUGAAGCAAUAUUUCGCCUUCGUUUUUAUUAUUAUGUCGGGGACAGAGUUAGGGAAACAAGGUCUCGAUUCUGUUGACGAUGUCAAUGGAGUUACGUAGAUGUUACGACGUUUCCAGAAUGUGCACCUUUCGAUGUACACAAUGUCAUCGAAAGAAGAAAAGCCCUGUUGAUUUGAGUACAGUCGUUUACAGAAGUGAAACAUAGAUGCAAAUGUGAUUAAAUAACAAAUUAUUGCGUUUGAAUUUUCCGACAGACUUAACUCUCUUCGGGGUAACGAAAUUUAGUAAUAAAAUAUUUAAAUAGUAGGAUAGACAAAUGUGUUAUACAAAUAAUUUUAAUGAAAUGACGUUUGUUAUUUAUUUAUAUUUGCAUUUUAAACUAAAGCUUCUGUAGUCAACUGUCCGGUCGUUUUAUUUUAUCAUGUUAUGAAUUAAAUGA